AUGGCACCAGUAGUUAGUAAGAGAAUAAAGACUCUAUCCGUGAGGAGGCCAAUAUUAUACGGGAAUACAGCAAAGAAGUUAGGUGAAAUAAGACCCGCCAACGCACCGGUCGAGCAUACUCAUCUUUGGACAAUAUUCAUCAAGGGUCCUCAGAAUGAGAAUAUUUCAUAUUUUAUCAAGAAAGUAGUCUUUAAGUUGCACGAGACAUAUCCAAACCCUACAAGAGUUAUUGAACAUCCUCCAUUUGAGUUGACAGAAACAGGUUGGGGUGAGUUCGAUAUCAAUGUGAAGAUAUAUUUUGUUGAUGAAGCCAAUGAAAAGAUGAUAAGUUUUUACCAUCGCUUAAGAUUACAUCCGUAUACCAUGUCAGCCACUGGUACCAAACUUCCUGGGACUGAUAUUACAAUAACUGAAAGUGGAGAAGUCCGUUCGAUAUUUUAUGAUGAAGUAGUAUUUAAUGAACCUAAUGAAAAUUUCUUCAAGAUCUUAAUGUCAACACCUGGAAACCUUCUUCCUUCGAAUAAAACAGAGGAUUGUAUAUUUUCUAAGCAACUAGAGCGUGAGGAAAUUGAUAGAAUUGACAUGGCCAUGGAAAAAGUGGAUAAAGAAAUUGAGGAAUUGAAACAGAAACUAGCAGUAGGGAUAACGGAAUGA